AUGGCUCUUCCCAGGGUUUUCUUUGACAUGACUGCGAACGGUGCACCUCUUGGCCGCAUUGUUAUGGAACUUCGUUCUGAUGAAGUUCCCAAGACUGCUGAAAAUUUCCGUGCACUUUGUACUGGCGAAAAAGGCUUUGGUUACAAGGGCUCCACAUUCCAUCGUGUUAUCCCUCAAUUCAUGUGUCAAGGUGGCGACUUCACCAACCAUAAUGGCACCGGUGGCAAAUCCAUCUAUGGUCACAAGUUCGAAGAUGAAAAUUUCAAAUUGAAGCACACUGGCCCUGGUAUUUUGUCCAUGGCCAACGCUGGUCCCAAUACCAAUGGUUCCCAGUUCUUCCUCACCACCUCGAAAACUUCUUGGUUGGAUGGCAAGCACGUUGUCUUUGGCUCUGUCGUUGAAGGUAUGGAUAUUGUCAAGAAAAUCGAAAGUUACGGCUCUCAAUCUGGCGCAACUACAGCCAAAAUCGUGAUACAGGAUUGUGGUCAAUUGUAAUUAAUCGUUAAUUUAAGUACAAAGUUUGAACUAGUUUAGUCAGUAUAAUCAAAUAAAAAAAAAUCAUCAUGUUAUUUUA